AUGCCAAUGACAACGAGCGUCAAAUUGGAGAACCCUUAUGUGCCCUCUGGGUAUGACCUACGCGUCACGGUGGACCUCUCCACGUGGAGCUACACAGCUGUGGAGACGGUGCACCUGCAGCGCUGUCCUGCCUUCCCAGACGGCGACACGAUCCAGCUGCAUGCAGCCCCGUCGAUCGAGGUGACCUCAGUGAAGGGAGCCACCCUGGAACGGCGCGACGAUACGGCGGACACGCUUGUGCUGAAGCUGGACGCGGAGACAAUGGCGUUGGCGGUCCCUACGCUGUACUUUGAGUUCACGCAUGUAAUCCAAAAGGAGUUGCGCGGCUUCUACCAGGUGAGCUUCAAGCAUGGCGGAAAGCAGCACCGCAUGGCCUCCACGCACUUCGAGCCCGUGUCAGCGCGGCUUUUCUACAUCUGCCAUGACGAGCCGGCGCAGCGCGCGGAUUUCACCCUGACCGUGACACUGCCAAAGUCGGAGGAGCACUACGUCGUUCUUUCCAACAGUCCUCUGGGGUCGAAGAUGGUGAAGGGGGACACGGUGGUGCACACCUUCCAAACGGUGCCCAGGUGCCCGCCAUACCUGACAGCCUGCGUCGUCGGUGAGCUGGAGCACAUCAGCACCGUAGUCAACGGCAUCCCGGUCAGCGUGUAUGCGACGCUGGGCAAGGCGGGACGGGCGCAGUUUGCCCUUACCACCACCGUGUUCGCUCUCGAGUUCUUCGAGAAGUUUUUCCAGUGCAAGUACCCGCUACCAAAGCUGGACGUCGUUGCCAUUCCCGACUUCCCGAUUGGUGGGAUGGAGAACUGGGGCUGCAUAACGUGCGCUGAGGCGAUACUGGUGGACCCGCAGCAGUCGAGCGCGGAGGCGAAGCGCGGCGCGUCGAACCUGAUAUGCCACGAAGUCUCGCACAACUGGUUUGGUAACCUUGUUGCCAUCAACUGGUGGGAGGGCCUGUGGCUCAAGGAGGGCUUUGCGUCGUGGUGCGGCUACUACGCGACGCACGCAUACGCGCCGCAGUGGAAUGCUCUGGACGCUGCAGCGCUGAAGGUGGUCUCGGCGCUGAACGACGACAUAUACGAGCACAGUCACCCCGUUGAGGUGCCCAUCCACGACCCUGGAGAUAUUACCCAGAUCUUCGACAGUAUCAGCUACAGCAAGGGCAUGGGCCUGGUUUUCAUGUUGCAGGCGUUCCUUGGCGAUAAGUGGGGAUCUGCCGUGGCACACUACAUCAAAAAGCACCAAUUCAGGGACACCAAGACGGUGCAACUCUGGGAGGCGCUGGAGGAGUCGUCGCAGCUGCCCAUUACCGAGGCUCUCACCAGCUUCACUACGCAGAUGGGCUACCCAAUGAUCCACGUCUCCAGACAGGACGGGAACACCAUCGUGGUGACGCAAGAGCCGUGCCGCUUCGUCACGGCGUCGGAGAAGGGUAUGCGGACCUGGUGCGUGCCUCUUGUCGUAGAGGGCAUGGACGCUAGCGUUGGGCGUGCGACACCGAUGCUGCGCGGCGACACGCCCAUGGAGGUGACCCUGCCGGCCGGCAUUGCGAAGGGGGCCUUUGCCAACGUCAACCCGCGCCGUACCGGCUUCUACCGCUGCCGGUACGACAAUCCCACCUUCGAUGCAUGGCUCGCCAACUACAGGCAGCUUUCCCCCGCCGAUCGCCGCUCCCUCUUUUCCGACACGCUGGCCGCGAUUCGGAUGGGUUACGAUGACAUUCCGCGGCUGGCGAGGAUCGCUACGGUCGUUUCGGCGUUCGAGACGGAUAUCUAUGUGCUGCGAGAGUACCUGCAGACCAUGGGUACCUUCCUCCACUCUUUCGACGAUGCUUGUCUGACAAAGAGCCUGACCAAGGAGCUGCAUGGUUUCCUCAUCCCGGUCGCCGAGUCCCUCAUAGGAGUCAUCCCGCAGGACGACAGCGCGUCGCUGCGCCGCAACUUUUACCUCGACGCCAGUAUCUCCACGCUGUUGAGCAGCGGGGAGCCGGCGGAGGUCUCUGCCCACCCGCUGAUCCAGUGGGCGCUGCAGCAAGCACAGGGCUUCCUCUCAGGGGCGGAUUUCAACGCUGGCACGCUCAGCGCCUGCCUGCGUGCCUGGCUUCGCAGGGCCGACCCCACCGACCUUCCAGCGCGCAACGCGCAACUGUACGCGAAACUGCAGGAGGUGGACGGCAACGAGGAGCUGUGCCGUUCGCUGGUCCUGGCCAUGACGAGCAGCCCCUCAGUUGACUUUGCGCUGGACAUCAUGAAAAAAUGCAUCGAGAACGACGGCGUCCGCAGCCAGUACGGCGAGCAUGUCUUCUGGAGCCUCGCGUCGAAUCCAGCGAUCUCGGGCGAGGAGGUGUGGCAGGCAUUUCAGCAGAACUUCGACGCCGUGAACGUGCAGUGGGGUGGCGGCCAGUUCCGCAUCCAGGCUAUUGUGAGCUUUCUGGGUGAGGCGCUCUUUGGCGAUGCUGCGGCGGACGAGUUCGAGGCCUUCUUCGAGACGCAUCCACUUCCUAAUGCCCGCCUCGCCAUCGGCCGCGCCGCUGAGGAGCUGCGCAUUCGCUCGUGGUUGAACAAAACAUGGAAGGCUUCCCUACCUCACGUAUUCUGCCGUCACUAA